CAGCAAGUGACAUGUGCAGGAGUCACGCCAUAAAUAGAAGUUAGGAGUUGGGACAAGUCACGCAUUCUGACUUCACUCACUCACUCAAUCAAAAGAAAUGUCAGUUUCUUUGCGAUCUCCGCCCUCUUCAGCUCUCUCUUCUUCUUCCUCUUCUCUCCAGGGAAGAAAUGUGAGGCUAUUCUCAGCCGCUUCUUCUAAUGUAUACUUCAACUUGAGAACAUCUUUUCCUCUUAUUCGCGCUUCUUCUUCUUCGCUUGAUGCUGGAUUGAGUACCGAGUUGGAUGCUGUGUCUAGCUUCAGCGAAAUCAUUCCUGACACUGUCAUUUUCGACGAUUUCGAGAGGUUUCCUCCGACUGCUGCUACUGUUAGCUCAUCUCUCCUAUUGGGAAUUUGUAGCCUUCCUGAUACCAUAUUUAGAAAUGCUGUGGACAUGGCUUUGGCGGACUCUAGUUGUUGUAAGCUUGAAAACUCUGAGUUGAGACUGAACUGUUUCUUUAACAAGGCUUUGGUAAAUGUUGGUGGUGAUUUGGCAAAACUGGUUCCUGGUCGGGUUUCAACAGAGGUCGAUGCACGACUUGCUUAUGACACACAUGGAAUUAUUAGGAAGGUUCAUGACCUAUUGAAGUUGUACAAUGAAAUUGAUAUCCCUCUUGAGCGUUUGUUGUUUAAAAUUCCUUCAACUUGGCAAGGAAUAGAGGCCUCGAGACUGCUGGAAUCUGAGGGCAUACAGACCCAUUUGACCUUUGUUUACAGCUUUGCUCAAGCUGCAGCUGCUGCACAAGCUGGUGCUUCUGUUAUUCAGAUUUUUGUUGGGCGCCUUAGGGAUUGGGCACGCAAUCAUUCUGGUGACCCCGAGAUAGAAGCUGCUCUUAAUAGGGGGGAGGAUCCUGGGUUAGCAUUGGUGACAAAAGCAUAUAAUUAUAUACACAAAUAUGGACACAAAUCAAAGUUGAUGGCAGCAGCAGUUCGAAACAAGCAGGAUUUAUUCAGUCUUCUGGGGGUUGACUAUAUCAUUGCACCAUUGAAAGUACUGCAGUCUCUCAAAGAAUCCGUCACUUCUCCUGAUGAGAAAUAUUCUUUUGUUAGGAGGCUAACCUCAGAGUCUGCUGCCAAGUACAAUUUUAGUGAAGAAGAGCUGACAAAGUGGGAUCAAUUGAGCUUGGCAUCAGCUAUGGGACCUGCUGCUGUGGAGCUUCUGGGAGGCGGACUAGAUGGAUAUGUAAACCAAGCAAAACGAGUGGAGGAGUUAUUUGGAAAGAUUUGGCCACCACCAAAUGUGUGAAUUGUUCCUUGUGUGAAUAAGGGGAAAAUGCCAUGUUACUGUUGACCAACUUGUAUGGUACAUGGUUGGACUCAAUCAAAAAGAGUUUGAAGUGAUAAGCAUCUGGUCCUAAUCAUGCCAUAGUAUUUGUGUAUUCGUGUCAUUACCCAUAUCUCCUGUAUUCUCUGUGGCAAUGAGUGCCAGAACUUUUGAAAUUGGUGAGACCUUUCCACAUCGUCACUUCAAUAAUUCACUACUGUUGCAUUCCAAACAUUUUGUGGAUAUACUCAUUUCUCUUUUCAUUCCUUUUCUUGGAAAUGAUGU